AUGGAGAACUCUUCUUACAACAGCCUGACUCUGCAGCUCGAGGGGUUAAAGGUCACUAAGACCAGCAAGUACCCCGUCUUUAUCUGUCUGCUUAUCAUCUAUGUGUUCAUAUUCGUUGCCAACGUGGGCAUCUUGUUGUUGAUAUGGACGGACAGGAGCCUGCACCAGCCCAUGUACCUGCUCUUCUGUAACCUGUCCAUCAAUGACAUCAUGGGGAACUCUCUGCUGGUUCCCCGGGUGCUGUCAGACAUCCUGCGUCCUCCCUCCGAGCGCCUCAUCAGCUACUACGAGUGUGUGCUGCAGGCGUUCACCUCUCACAUGUUCGGCACCACCUCUCACACGAUACUGAUGAUCAUGGCCUUUGACAGAUACGUGGCCAUCUGUAAUCCUCUGCGUUACGCCACCAUCAUGACCAACAAGAUGGUGGCCAUGCUGACCAUGUCUGCCUGGGGUGUGGCCUUUGUUCUGGUGGGGAUUCUGCUGGGUUUGACCAUAAGACUGAACCGAUGCAGGACAGUGAUCACGAAUCCUUACUGUGACAACGCCUCGCUGUUCAAACUCUCCUGUGAGAGUGUGUUUAUUAAUAACAUCUACGGCCUCACGUUCACCGUGGUCCUGCUCUCUUCUUCUAUCGGCAGCAUAGUUCUCACCUACGCUAAGAUCACAGCGGCGUGUGUGACCAGUAAAAACCAGUCUGUGAACAGUAAGGCCCUGAAGACCUGCAGCACCCACCUGAUGUCGUAUAUGAUCAUGUUCUUAUGUGGAAUGCUUGUCAUUAUAAUGCAUCGCUUCCCUCAGUACUCUGACUACAGGAAGCUGUGCGCCAUUCUGGUUCACGUCAUCCCCGGCAGCUUGAACCCCGUCAUCUACGGAGUCCAGUCCAAAGAGAUACGAAGAUUCUUGUCAAAAUUGCUCCAGCAGCAAGUCGUUAAAGACUCUGCAGCUGGUCCAAAAUGCCGCAGCACGUGUCCUGACGAGAACUAAGAAAAGAGAGCACAUUUCUCCAGUAUUAGCAUCGCUACACUGGCUUCCUGUUAAAUCUAGAAUAGAAUUUAAAAUUCUCCUCCUCACCUUCAAGGCCCUUAAUGAUAUGGCACCUCUUUACCUUAAAGAGAUGUUAGUUCCAUAUCAACCUACUAGAGCACUCCGAUCCCAGAACUCAGGUUUACUUGUUGUCCCUAAAGUCUCUAAAAGUAGAGUAGGAGCCAGAGCUUUUAGCCAUCAAGCCCCACUGCUGUGGAAUAAUCUCUCACUUUCAGUUAGGGAGGCAGACACGCUCUGUUCGUUUAAAAGUAGACUCAAAACCUUCCUUUUUUAUAAAGCUUAUAGUUAGAGCUAAUUUGUGCGAUGUUCCAAAUUUGAUUAAAUGGCAAAAACCCCUGAUGAUGCUAAGACGCACAGGGAAUUUAUGACACAAGACACACGGAGCUUCUCUUUCCUGCUUCUCCUUCCUUUUCUCCAUAUUUAUCACAUCAAGAUAAUUCUUAUCUGAUCAGUACAUGUUACUAACUUGACCCCUUUUCCCGGAGUUUCUGUGCCUUAGCGCCCGCGGAUGCAGGGCCACAGCUGUGGCCGCACCAUGGAUUAUGAUUGUGGAUCGCGUGUCGGAGGUCGCAAUGGUGGAUCCAGUUCGGUGGAUUCUGUAUCGUGCCUGCUGAUCGUCGUUGUAAUGGAGGAUCCUUUGUCGCGUUGGCAUCGGAUGAUGAGGGACCACGACCGAGGCGGCAGCUGAUGAUGGAUUCUAACUGGCGGCGGUGGACAAUGACUGUGGAUUAUAGUGGAUCCCAUCCUGAUGCUGGAUCGUGGUCUUGCUGCUGGCCAGAGACUGUGAUUGCAGCGGGACUGCCUGACACAUAGUAUUGAAAAAUGUUUAGCCUAAUGGAUGCUGCUAAAAAUCCUGAUGAUGUUUUCUUACACCUGACAUCUAUUGCACUUCUGUCCGUCCUGAGAGAGGGAUCCCUCACAUGUGUCUC